CAUUGCUGACUUCAUAUUUUCUCCAUAUUUGGAAAUGUUUACCUCCUCGUGAUGAUCGGCAGAGAAGGGAUGUGAGUCACUUGGGCUGCACACAAGUUUGUCUGCCAUUCGCUUUCCUGCUACGCGUGCCCGAUCCAAAGAAACUAACCAUGUGGAACGCGGCCAACAGCGACGAGAGCGGUCAGGUGGCCGCCAGGAUGGAGACCACGCCGUCGCCCGGCAGCGCCAGCAUCUCCGUGUCGCAGCAGCAGGCGCCCAAGAAGUUUGCCCCGGUGGUGGCGCCCAAGCCCAAGUUCAACCCGUACAAGCACGCCACCGAUCCGGACCCUGCAGCCGACUACCCCCCUCCGCCGCCACCCGCCGCCGAUCCGAUCCGCACGUCGUCGUCCUCGGCCGCUUCCUUCCCGCCGCCUCCGCCCGCCAACUCGUACGAAUAUCAGACCCGAGGACCCGAAAAGACUCUGGAGGAGCGGCGCUCCAGCCUGGACGCCGAGAUCGACUCCCUCACGAGCAUCCUGGCCGACCUGGAGAGCAGUUCGCCGUACAAGCCGCGGAACACGCAGACCCUCGGGCCUUCGUCGGUGUCCACCCCAAGCGCCCCAGUGACGGGUUACAAGCGCAUGGUCAUCCCUAAUCAGCCGCCGCUGACCGCCACCAAGAAGUCCACGCCCAAAGCCCAGGCCCCGGGCGGCGGGUCGUCGACCCUACCGGCGAAGCUCCAGCCUGUGGCGGCGUCCUACACCACCGCCUCCACGCCCAGCCAGCCCACGUUCAACGUCCAGGUACGGUCCGCCCAACCCAGCCCCCAGCACCCCACGACCGGCGGGCAGCACUUCAGUGGAGGCCAGCAGCCGGCCCGCAGCCCCACCCAGGUCCAGUACAUGCCGGCCCAGCCUAAAGGGCCCGACUUUGCCUACGGGCCACCUCAGCCGGGGUUCUCUCCGGUCGGCCCGGGCGCUUACCAGGACCAGCAAGGCUACGGGAGAAACGAGCCUCAACUGUACCAGGCGGCGGGCCCCAAGAAGACCUACAUCACUGACGUGCCGCAGAACAUGGACCUCUACAGUUCUGGACCAACCAUCCCACCAAAGAGCGGUGCCGGCCCCCCCGCGGCCCACCCGGAGGACGAGCUGGAGCGCCUGACCAAAAAGAUGCUCUUCGACAUGGACCACCCGCCGUCUGACGAAUACUUUGGGCGCUGCGCCAGCUGCGGCGAGAACGUGGUGGGCGAGGGCACCGGCUGCACGGCCAUGGACCAGGUCUUCCACGUGGACUGCUUCGUGUGCAUGACCUGCAGCGGCAAGCUGCGCGGGAAGCCCUUCUACGCCGUGGACAAGAAGGCCUACUGCGAGCCCUGCUACGUGAACACGCUGGAGACGUGCAGCAUGUGCAGCAAGCCCAUCAUGGAGCGCAUCCUGAGGGCCACGGGCAAGGCCUACCACCCUCACUGCUUCACCUGCGUGGUCUGCAAACGCAGCCUGGACGGCGUGCCCUUCACCGUCGACGCCUCCAACCACAUCCACUGCAUACACGACUUCCACAAAAAGUUUGCCCCACGCUGCUGCGUGUGUUCUGAACCCAUCAUGCCGGCUCCCGGUCAGGAGGAGACGGUUCGCAUCGUGGCUCUGGACAGAGAUUUCCACGUCCAGUGUUACCGCUGUGAGGAUUGCGGCUGUCUGCUGUCUGAGGGUGACAACCAGGGCUGCUACCCUCUGGAUGGACACGUCCUGUGCAAGAACUGUAACACAGGACGCAUCCAGGCGCUCUCUGCCAAGGCCACCACUGACCUCUGAAUGAGCGACCAAUCGUUUCACGCUCUUUUCGUGCUUGCUUAGCUCUCCUUCUUCUGUAGCACAGACACUUUUCCUUGCGCGCUUUGAUAAACAUUUAUACUAAUCAUGUUGUUGUACGAUUAGCAUCACAGGAUACUGUGGUUAGCCUAGCUUUGCAUAAAGAUUGCAGACUGUGAAAUAAAUUAAACGGUUCUCACCAAGCUAGCUUGCCAGUCGCUAGCUGUGAAUAUUUUCAUCGUAGAAACUGAAAUUAUAAUACUACCCUAAAUAUACCUGUGAGCAUGUUACCGUAGUAACAGUUAGCCUAGCUUAGCAUGGAGACCGCUAACUCCUAUAAUGUUGUGACUCCCAGGUGUAUGACAACCCAAGAUCGUAGAGAGAGCUAAAUUUUGAUUCCCCAAAACAUCUAGCAGAUUUUUAGCCUUUAUCGCCUUAUGCUACGUUGGCUAAUCCAUGAUUAGCUGUGGGGAUUUUCAGAAACGAGGAUCGAAAGUAUCAUUAUUCAAGCUUAGCAUUGCAAUAACCUCACUGGGAACAAAGUUCUCGUUGUUAAUCCAAACUUAACUCUGUAUGACCAAGCUAGGCUAAUCAAAAAUGGAUCUUAGAUAUAAUUAUGUUCAAAGCUACAGUUAGACUGUCUUAACAUAAUAACGGCUAACUGGGAGCAAGAUGUGGUUUGACUCCCAGGUGUACUACACCUUAGCGAAAUGCUAAGAAUUUCUCACCUUUGUAGUAAGUUAGGCUAAGCAGAAAUGUACCUUAGCAAUGUCUGGCGCUACAGUUAGCCUAAAUUCACAAACACAGACAAAUUGCUCACUGGGAGCGUGUUAGAUGAUGUACAACAUGCUAGGAAAUCACCAUUCCCCAUCUUUAUGCUAAACUAGGCUAAUCAGCCAUUAGCCAUCCACAUUUUGGUCAUUUAUGAACAUUCGAACAUUUUCAUUAUAGCUUUUACCGCAAACAUAGGCUAUCGUUGUAGCAUUAGCGCCUCUUUAGGAACUAUUAUAUAUAUAUAAAAAAUGCAACGUUCUCUUUAUGUAUUUUCAGAAACUGAGCCAUUAGCGUGGCUCGUGUCAAACGCAUGGACACUUUAUCAAAAUUUCUCUGGGUUAAGGAUUUCUUUUCCCUGUACAGAAUCGAGCGUCCUCGUCACAAUCUUUGCGUCAGGCUAAUGCCGUCGGUACGCCACCUCCUUAUGCGACCAACCGGAUGUGCUUUUAUGUACAUCUGCAAUUUACCCAACCUAUCGCUAUCCCUGAUGCUAGGCUAACCUAAUCAGAGGGCAAUUUCUUAGAUUGUGAUAGGAGCUAUAAGUAGCCUAAGCAUGAAAAUAGCUUCCCGAGUGAUGGUUGACGUUUGAUUCCAAAGUGUACGACACGCUUUCAGAUUUUUAGCCCCAUUAUGCUAAACUAGGCUAAUGUGCAAAUAGAUGCGGGCACAUUUGCAGAAUGUCAUUGAAAGCUGCAGUUAAUAAAAACAGCCACCUGAGAGAGUUCCCAAGUGUACGACACGCUAACAUUUUCUUAUCGUUUCUCGCCAUUUUGCUUAGCAAGGCAUUUCAGCACCUUACAGUGGACAUUUUCGUGAUUGUAAUAGAUGCUAAAGUUAGGCUAACUUAGAGUAAAAGAGUUCUAAUUUUGGGGGAAAAAAUAAUUUUUGAUUCUCAAGUGUACGACACGCUCGCAGAUUCUUAUCAUUUACCGCCAUUUUGCUUAGCUUCUCCAAACAUACGACGCGAGCGCUAAAUGGCUAGCAAAUAAUAAACGACGUAAAGCCAUUUUAUUUUUGAAAAAUUAACUUUUUUUUUCAUGGUGUUGUUUAGCUUGCUGUCUUUUUGUUUAUAAUAUGUGCCUUUGCCUUUGGUGAUCUGCGUAAACAAACAAGAUAACUGCCUGACACGCAAGCAUAAUGUUUUUGAUUUUUUUUUUUCCCCUUUCUUUAAUAAAAACAAAAUUGCAACUGCAUCAA